CAAUGUCGUCGACGGACCACCUCGACGACUACUCGCCCUCCGCCACCACGACCCUCUUCCCCCACCCCCCCCCUCUCCUCCGCGGACCCUUACCCGCCACUCCGACAGACGACCCCUCCUCAGGUCCCUUCGUCCUCGCCUUCCGCGACAUCGAGUCUUGGUCAUCCGCCCUCGCGUCCUCCAAGUCCAAGAUCCUCGAGCAGUGCGGGGAGGGAGCCAGGAUCGGCUGCGCAGUUGCCGCAUCACGGAACUGCGCGCCCCCAUGGUGGGCCCCGCUAGCCGGCCGGAAGGCCGACCUGAAGCAGAGGGAGGAGUGCGAGGUGCGCGAGAUGGAGUCCUGCCUCAUCGCGGCGAAGGAGAAGUGCGCUGACUUCGCGGUGGACAAGUGCUCGAAGCCGUUCAUGGACGCGAGGGUCGCCGUGGUUGGCAAGGGGGCAGCGAGCGAGAGAGUGGUGGUUAGGCAGUUGAUUUCGCGGGCUUGUUUCGCUGGUAAGAGUGAAAGUUUCGAUUUGGGAUGGUUUGACGAGUUGGGUUUGGACGAUUUGGUGAAAUGUGGACGUGGUGGUGUGAGUUACGUGAAGGCUAGCGAACUGGUAGCGAGGAAGACUGGUAUCAGUGGGAAUGAUUGAGUUCGUGAUCUUGUUGGUUCGAUGAGGGCAUUGCUAGUGCUAGUUGAAGUUUCGAUCUUGAGUGCUGGAAUGUGAUUGUGUGUAUGUAAGAGAUUUUCCAGGCGAAAGUCGUUGUUAAGCUGGGAUUGUGGAGACAUCAAUAAAGUUGCAGUUUCGUUGCGGCGGAAAUGUUUUGAGAUCAUCCAAAUUUUCACUGGGCAUGAGCGAGAUAUGGAACUCUAUCAUAUAACCAGAGAACUUCCUUGUUGUUUCUUGCCGUUAGCCUUUCCUUCGAAGCCAUGGUCAACAAAUUGAGUUGUCGUGCUUACGAUUAUGGUGCUGGGUAAGCAUCGUGAUUGCAACUUGCUCCAUUCUUUGCAUAUUAUAUUCAGUAGAAGCUUUGUACAUCGAUAGCUACUGUUCACAGUGCAAUGCCAUACUUGGAUGAAUAGUUUGCUUU